AGCAGAUAAUGAAGCGGAGCUCACCAGCGGCAGUCUCCUCUCAUUGUCUCAAUGGCUGCACACGCGUUCCUCCUGCUCUCCUCUGCCUUGCUGUCUGCCCUCAGCCAGCCCACCCUGUCCUUUGAUCAAGUGCCUGCACUCCUAGAGAGAAGCACAGAAGUCGACUAUGUUACAGAGGUCGCAUACCCAGCUGUGAGAAUCAGAGCGGGUGGUAUUGAUGGAAUGAGCUUGGUGGCUGAGGGUUAUGUGCCCACUGAGGAAAGCACACUCAAAAGAUUACUGAAGCGGGACAGCUGGCACCACCUCAACCAGCAUGGCCAUGACAAAGGCAAGAGAAAGCUGCUCCAGUCCCCCAUAUUCGGGCCCUACUCUCCUCUGAGCGUUGCCUACAAUGGCAAGCCCUGCAUCCUGUUCAAAGCCAAGCGUCUGGCCGUCCGCUACAAGAACCACACCUUCAUAGACCUGACGGAGAAGACCUUCGGACCCAACGCCCCUGUGGACACCAAGGGAUCCAUCUGCACCAAGGAGAAGGCUACGCUAUCACUGAAAUUUGGAGAUGUGGAGGACCUCAGGGGACUUGUUAUCAGGUUGCAGAUGUCCAAUACAUUCUACGAGUCGGCAGGGCAGAACUGGUUCACCUUAGACAGCGUCCACAUCCACUACAACUGGACACAUGAGGCUACAUUCAACGCCAGCGAGGUGUACGCCCCCGCCACCUCCUCCUAUCACUGCCAGCAUGUCAGCAGUCAGCACAAAUAUGACACCCUCCUGGUGCCCAGCUCACACACUGACACCUCAGCUAACUGGCACAUCACGUUUACUGACUUCCAGAUCCAGGCGUUCAACGUCAUGUCUGAUAAGUUUGCAUCGGCCAGUGACUGUGCCACCUUUCUGACCCCAGCCAUACUGAUGGGCCUGGUGACCUCUCUGAUCCUGCUGUUGGUGCUGGCCUACGCUCUGCACAUGGUGGUGCACCUCAAACACAUCGACCGCUAUGAGGAACAUAAAGCUAUGGUGUAUUUCCCACGCAGGCUGAGCAAAGCUCUAGAGCGUAGGGCCUCACAGCAGUACGAGCUACCUGACAAGAACUGCCUGUGAGAGAGGGAGGAAGAGAGAGGGAGAAGAUGGAGAGUCGUGGAUGCUGGUGAAUGAAAGUGGGAAAGAGUUGCACCCACACUGUUUUCCAUGCUUCCAAAUGUUUGUUUACUAGUGACAACUAUUUUCACCUGUUGGCUUUUGCCUGUUCUCUAUUAUAAGACCAACAUGUUAACAUGUUAACAAUACUAAGCUUUCACAUUUUUUGAAGCAUUAAAACUGUGUUUGUCUACCA